CGAGAAUAUAGGAAUAAAAGACAAAGGAAUUUACGCAUAUUAACAUGAUUCCGCGAUAUUAUCACAUAUUGUGUGUCUUCUGAAUUUCCAAAUACGGAUAAAGUUGUCUCAAAUAAUACCGUUCUUUAAGUCAUGUGAUAGUGGAAUAUUAACCGUAAUGGGGCAUAUUAUCAUACCAGUACAACGGGGAUGCAUUUCGAAUUUACUCUAUAUUCGUCUAUUUAAAUAGUAUUGCAGCGAAAUGCGCGGACUUUCCACUGUCUAGUCAAUUUAGGAAAAUUUGCAAUUGAAAAUGAUAGUAAGAGUAAAAGAAAUUGUCUUAUUUUGAAUUAGACGCGAACCAAGAAUGACAAGACCUUGGCGGGAGCUGACAAAAGCUUCCAUUUACACUAGAAUGGAAGUUUGAUUGGACAUAUCGUCCUAUUAUCAUAAAAGCUACAAACAGUAUCCCUGAAUGGAUUCCUAUUGCUAGAAUUGAAAAAAAACUCGGUCUCGGUCUCAAUCUCGGUGAUGCAAUAGUCGACUCAUUGGGGAUCGACUACUUAAGAAUACCAGGGGUUUACUUAUCACCAUUCAAAAUGUCCAUUCCUGGUCAUACAUUCACUAAUCUCUUCAGCUAUCCCCUCCCUGAAGACUCUACUAAAGUCAUUGUGGGACUCAAAGUAGGCUACGAAGGUGGUGCAUCAACACCAAAACAUCACCACGGUAUGGCAUUUGUAGUAGGAACUGUACUUCAAGGUAGCAUCCGCAGUGUUGUACAUCAACCAGGUGCAGCUGAACCUGAUCCUCUCAAAAUCCACAAAACCAAUGAAAGCUGGUCAGAAUUACCGGGAGCACUCCACGUUGAAUCAGGCAAUGCUUCCGAAACGGAACCAGCUGAAUUCAUCGCAAUUUUUGUUGCACCACGCGAACAGAAAGAUUUUGUUGUAUUCGACUGCGAGAUGUGCAAAGUAGCAAAAGAAGCUGCUAAAGGAGUUUGAUCGAUGAUAUGCAGUUUAUAAUAAAGUCUUAAUAUUAAUAUACAUUAUAUUUUGGUAUUACCUAAAACUCAAGUGGCUACUUUCCAUCUGCGUCCUUGGAGAUUCAUGAAUGAGAAGAUAUCAGUAAGUGAUACGACAGAUCUGGCGUUGCGUUCGAGGAAUUUGGAGACUGUGUUGUGGAGAACUUGAAGAAGAGGUUUAUUCUUUUCGCAGAGGACUUGAAUCUCAGCUAGGAGUUGUUAGCAAAUAUAUACAAAUGUGUUCUAGAAUCCUUACCAUAAUUACUACUAGAAUUAGACUGCUUUAGGAUCCUUUCUACAUCAAAUAAUCUUGCAAAAUACAGCAUUUGGUUGUACAACAUCUGAUCAUCAUAC